AUGAUGGCCCUUACAGUCGGUGUCUUGGCCCUCCAGGGCGGCUUCAUCGAGCACAUCGAGCUGCUGAACAAGGCCGCCUCCUCCAUCUUCUCCCAGGACUUUGCUUUUGAAGCCGUCGAGGUGCGCACCGCCCAGGAGCUCGCUAGAUGCGAUGCCUUGGUGAUUCCCGGUGGCGAGAGCACCACUAUAUCGUUUGUUGCUCAACAGUCAGGCCUGUUGGAGCCGCUGCGUGAUUUCGUCAAGGUCCAGAAGAAACCCGUCUGGGGAACCUGCGCUGGCCUCAUCCUCCUCUGCGACGAAGCCAAUGGCACCAAGAAGGGAGGCCAGGCCCUCAUCGGCGGUCUCAGCGUCCGCGUCCACCGCAACCACUUUGGUCGUCAAAUGGAGAGCUUCGCUACGCCCGUCGAUUUGCCCUUCCUCGCCGGUGAAGGCAACUCCGAGCAGUUCCCGGGCAUCUUCAUUCGUGCUCCAGUCGUGGAGGAGGUCCUCCCUCAUGGUGACGGCCCAGAGGUGGAGGUCUUGGCUAGACUUGCGAACCGAGUCGAGAGGGCGAAGGCUGGUCUUUCGCUGGCUGUCACGAAGGGUGAUGCCGGAGAUAUCAUUGCGGUUCGCCAGGGCUCGAUUAUGGGUACGAGCUUUCACCCUGAACUGACCAGCGAUGCACGUAUCCAUUCGUGGUGGUUGAAGCAAGUGAUUCGUGGAUUGUAA